GCCGCCGCAUCACCACCACCAUCAGCAACACCAGCACCUUCCCGGUCAACUUGCACACCAUCGCACUUCUGCUCCUCGCACACCGUCUCCACCAACCGACAACAACAACAACAGCAACAGCGGCACACACGCCCUCUCUUCCUCCCUAGGGACUGACAGCGGCAACAGCAGCAGCAGGACCUCUCCACGUGGCUUACGCGUCCGCGACAAGGAAAAGGACAGCAGCGGCGGCUUUGGCAUCACAUUCGGCACCAGCAACAACAACAAGUACCACUACGACGAAGAAAUGAGCGGCAUGCGCCUGUCUGGCUCAAAACCGGGCCCCAGCAGGCGGUACCCCGUAUCGUUUGCGCUCGGCGGCGCGCAAUUCUCCAUCCCGCGUCCGCUCGUACGCGGGCUGAUCCUCCUCGUCGCGCUCGGCGCGCUCUACUUCAUCGCCGGCGCGGGCGGCAAGGUCGACGACACGUGGUCCGCGACGUCCGAGUCUGAGCGUGGACGCGCCCGCGAGUCCGAGGGCUGGUCGCGCUUCGACGGCCUCUCGCGCCUCUUUGGCGGCGGCUCGGGCCAGCGCCAGCCCUCAUCACAGGCGCCGAUCGGACGCGACAAGAACGGCCAGAUCAAGCUCUCGCCCCGCCCCAACACGUACCGACUGGACCGCCCCCUCCCCUCCAGCAGGACCAACCCGUACCACCCCGGCCACUCGCGCGUCGUCAUCCCAAACACCAACCCGGUCGAGUACGAGCUGCGCCCCCUGCCGUCGAUUGAGGAGGCGUUCGCCCACCUCCGCCCCCGCCUGUACGACCUCAAGGAGAAGUUCCCAGAGAUCCCCAGGGAGCACGACCUCAACAACCCCAUCCACCCGCCCUUCCUCACCCCCGAGCUUAUGGAGCGCUACGCCCACCUCGGUGGCGAGUGGGACGACAAGAAGAAGAAGUGGGUCGAGGGCGGCGAGAAGAGGUACCUCUUCACGACCGUGUGUCGCCAGGUCACUGGUAUGCUUGCCGACUGGUUUGCUACUUGGACAGUCGUUGUCGACUUCCUGGGCCCCGAGUCGUGCGUGUUUGCGCUUAUGGAGGGCCCGUCAGACGACGGAGCUGGUGAGAUCAUCGCCGCUGCGAUGAAGGAGCAUCUCCUCUUCCUCGGUGUUCCCCCCGAGAACCUCUUCAUCCAGACCCACAUGCCCGCGAUCGACUGGGAGAACAGCCACCGUAUCCAGACGCUGGCCGACCUCCGCAACGCCGUCAUGCAGCCCAUCUACGACAGCAAGUACCCUGGCAAGUCGCCCGACAACAAGGAGUGGUCGGCCGUCCUGUUCUACAACGACGUCUACUUUGGCGGCCGCCACUUCCUCGAGAUCCUCCAUCAGCACUUCUUCCAGGACGCCGACAUGACCUGCGGCUGGGACCACGCUGGCAAGUGGUUCUACGACGGCUGGGUCGGCCGUGAUAUGAGUGGCGACCUCUACACUCCGUUCCCCGUGCCCAAGGACCAGCAGGAGGACCCCCAGAGGCUCUUCAUCAACCACCCCGCCACGCUCGAGCGCCACACCCGUGUGCUCCCAUACCAGGUGUUUGCGGGCUGGAACGGCAUGGCCGUCAUGAACCCCGUGCCCUUCCUCCCGCCGUACAACGUACGCUUCCGUCGCGGUGUGCCCCGCCGCCCCGACCAGCAGCCCGGCGAGGAGGAGUGCCAGGCGUCCGAGUCGUCGUUCAUCUCGUGGGACUUCUGGAAGUACGGCUUUGGCCGCAUCGCCGUCGUGCCCGGUAUCCACCUUACCUACGGCAAGGACGAUUCGCGUGUGCGCGGCUACGUCGAGUACCCAUUGCCCGACGCGCAGCACUCGGAGAAGAUUGAGUGGGUCGAUGAGCCCCCGCGCAAGGUCCGUUGCCAGGACUGGCCCGACAAACCGGGCAAGGGCCACUGGGCCUGGGACGGCACCCGCUGGACCGACCCCCCUCCCCUCAUCAUCCUCGACCCCAACGGUACCGAGAUUGCGUCCAACAGGAGAGGUUGAGCGUGGCGUUGAGAGCUGAGCGUCGGAGUGGGCGAGGAGAGCGCCCUAGCACAUCUGGGUGGAACUCGUUACCCGUCUUGUCUAUUAGGAGCCGCAUUGUUUUGCAAAUGUAGAGCAUGGAUCACUGCAUCAAACAACA